AUGUCAACAAGUCAAAAAAGUGAGAGUAUGAACAAAUUUUUUAAAGAUUAUUUGAAUUCCAGUACUCCAAUGAGUAUAUUUGUGGUGCAAUAUGAUAAGGCUAUUGACGCUAGAUAUGAUAAAGUAAGGGAGAAGGAUUACAAGACAAAAUAUUCAAGGCCUAUCUUGAAAACUUUGUAUCCUAUGGAGGAUGAAGCGGCGAAGGAAUAUACAAGAAAGAUAUUUCAUAUUUUUAAAGAAGAACUAAUUCAAUCUCAAAAAUUUAUCUCUGAAAAGAUUGAGGUUAAGGACGGAAGAAACAUUUAUAAAGUGCAUCAACUUCAACGACAAAAGCCGACAUACAUCGUUAGUUUGGAUCUUGCAUUGAAAAGAGUUGUUUGUUCAUGCCACAAAUUUGAGUUCAUGGGAAUUCUACGUAGACAUGUACUAAUGGUAUUUAUAAAGAAGCAGAUUCACUCACUUCCGACAUAUUACUUAUUAGAUCGAUGGAGUAGAAAUGCAACCAAAGAAAGAGCUAAUGAUCCACCAAAUGAAACAAAAAAAUUGAAAUCUUCUACCUUAUGGUUUAAUAACAUUAUGAUACAUUCUAUUGGGCUAUCUGAACGAGCUACAAAGUUUGAAAAACAUUAUCAAUUUGCACAUCAAAGAUUAUUGCGAUUGUGUGAAGAACUUGAUGAACUUCCUUAUGAAUCAGAGGAAGAUUGUGUUGUAUUAGGUGGUCCAAGUAGUGAAAAAUAUUGUGAAAUAAUAUCAUGUGAACAAAGUCAAGAUACUACUCUGCUUGACCCUUCAGUAGCGGCAACUAAAGGGCGUCCAAGAUCUUUGAGAAUGAAAGGUGCUUUGGAAGUUACUCAAAAGACCAAAAAAGUUACUUCUCAGAAGCAAAAAAGGCAAACGAAAAGUAUGAAAUUUAAGAGAAAGGAAACAAGUUCAAAUUAUAAUGUCGAAGUCGAGCAGAAUGGUACAACAAUAUCUAACGAGGCUCAUUCAAUGUUUCAACGAUAUCCAGAAUAUUAUCAAGGAUUUAUUGAGAACACUGAUUGUGCUUAUGCCACAUCAUUUACG